AUGCGUAUCAAAGACACGGUCAAUGUCGUUUGCUCGAUUCGUAAAUUGGCCUAUUGCACCCGCAGCUCGCCUGUCUCUGGAGCACUGUUUACUAAAUGGGACGACGAUGUCAACAAUGCCGAUAAAUGGAAUGGCUCUUGCACUGGAUAUGCAGAAUCGUAUUCCGAUUAUCCAGAUGCUAAGUCCUGGGAGGAAAAGGGUAUUGCAACCUUCAAAAUGUGCAAUAACCAGUACGAUGCACUUGAAGUCUGGAUGGAAAACCUGCUGGACCCGCGCCUUCUUGCUGACAAAGGGACUCCACAGUUUGACAAUGAUUGGGAAAGCCGUGCCUUCCUCUUUGGACUGGUAACCCAAUGCCCCUUGAUGAUCUUUGGGUAUAAUGAUCCAGUUGACAAUAAAUUCAACAGUCAAUCAUACUGGAACAAGGAGGACCCAUACAAUCCUCAUCUUCGGUUUUUGGAAAAUCCUCUUCCUUUGAUCUGGUUGAUUGCAGCGCCUUGGGCGGACUCUUCCCGCGAUCCGGUCUCCAAAGAAGCAUCUGAAGAAAUGCGGUUGAUCCAGCGCCACAAUGAAUUUAAAAAAGUUGAAGGCUGCCGCCGUCAACAAGUCCAAGAAAGCCUGUGA